CUCGCUGCCCCUCAAGAACCACAUCCUCUCCCUCCUCGGCGCCCGCAAGGAGUGGCCGCCGGACCCCUCGCUCCCGGACAUCAAGAACGGCGCCUACGCCUCCGACGACUUCCGCAUGUACUCCUUCAAGGUCCGCGCCUGCUCCAGGGCCUACUCCCACGACUGGACCGAGUGCCCCUUCGUCCACCCCGGCGAGAACGCGCGCCGGAGGGAUCCCAGGAAGUACCACUACAGCUGCGUGCCCUGCCCGGAGUUCAAGAAGGGCGCCGGCUGCAGGAGAGGGGACAUGUGCGAGUACGCGCACGGGGUGUUCGAGAGCUGGCUCCACCCGGCGCAGUACCGGACGCGCCUCUGCAAGGACGGCGUCGGCUGCGCGCGCCGCGUCUGCUUCUUCGCCCACACGCCGGAGGAGCUCCGCCCGCUCUACGUCUCCACGGGCUCGGCCGUGCCGUCCCCGCGCGGUGUGAUGGAGAUGGCGGCCAUGGGGAUGGGCAUGUCCUCGCCGGGCUCUUCGUACACGCCGCCCCUGUCGCCGUCCGGCGGGGGGAGCGGCAUGUCGUGGCCGCAGCCUAACUUGCCGGCGCUGUGCCUGCCUGGCAGCGCCGGGAACCUGCACCUCAGCCGGCUGCGGACGUCGCUGAGCGCCAGGGCCAUGGCGGUCGACGAGCUGCUCGCUGCGGCGGACUACGACAACCAUGUUGGAUCGCCCUCUUCCGUCCGAUCGAUGAGGGGUAAGGCGCUCGUGCCGUCAAAUCUGGAUGAACUCUUCUCGGGGGAGAUGGCGGCCUCCCACUCGCCGCGGUACGCCGACCAGGGCUGCUCUGCGUUCUCGCCGACACACAAAGCCGCCUUUCUGAACCAGUUUCAGCAGCAGCAGAGCUUGCUCUCGCCACGGGCUGCGGCCACCCCAGAGCCGGUCUCCCCAAUGAGCUCCCGGUUGCUCGCAGCACUGGCGCAGCGGGAGAAGAUGCAGCAGCAUACACUGCGGAGCAUGAGCUCACGAGACCUGGGUUCCAGCGCCCCACUCCUCGCCGGCUCACCGGUGGUCGGCUCUAGCUGGUCCAAAUGGGGCCUGCCCUCUGGCGCCCCUGAUUGGGGUGCCGACAACGAUGAGCUCGGCCGCCUCAAGAGGUCAUCGUCGUUUGAUCUCCGGACUGGAGCCAACACCGAUGAGCCGGACCUCUCAUGGGUUAAUACUUUGGUAAAGGAGCCCACGCCGGAGAAAUCAUCGAUCAACGGAACCAUGGCAACGGAUUCUAUUGGCAUCUUGCGGCGAUCAGCAAACCACCGUGAGGGCAUUGACUGUGAGGACAUUGGUUUCUUGGGCCAAUCGGCAAAUCACCGCAAGAGCAUUGACAGUGAGGACAUUAACAUCUUGGGACGGUCAGCAAACCAUUGCGAAGGAAUUGAUGGCGAAGAGGACGCCGCCGCCGGUGUCAUUGGUGGCUGGCUCGAACAGCUCCAGCUUGAUGAGAUGGUGGUCUAGUCUGAACAAACACACGAAUGAAAGAGGGUGAUAUUAUUUGGCCGCGCUUCACUGGUUGCUACUGCUUACUGCUGCUGCAAGGUACUAGCCUGAUGACAUCUUGCAAGUAAUUCCUGGGGCUACAUUCUUUUGAGGUUGUUUAGCGUGUAGAAGGUGAUGAGAUUUCUACCAUUUGGAGUUUGCCCACGGCUCAAGGACAUGGAGGAAUUGGAACCUAGUCAAUUGUAUCAAAGUUGCGGGCUUGCCUAGGUGAAAUAUUUCUCCCUGUACUAUUUCUACUUUUCUGCCCAGUUUCUUGUUCAUCUUUCUAAAUUUGUCUUCCUCCCUGUGAAGAUUGUGAAUUAUUAUGGUAUCUAUUGGCCCCCCAUCCUUUGGUUUUCGACCAAGGAUUAGGUGUGGAGAAGGAUCUUACAUCAAAUUGUUGCUCCAUGACUAAUGAUUAUAAUGUAAUAACAAAUUGUUGUACUCUGAGAUUCAUGAACAUGAUUGAUGUAAAAUGCCCAAUUGUUGUUGCAAAAUUAAGAUCUCCUAUUGUUC